ACUGCUUCCCAAAAAUUAGCAAAGCCCAAAAAACACCGGCCGGCUCGCAAGUUGUAGCUAUCCCCAAUCGCACUCCCAAUCGACGAAAUCGUCAAUCCCGCGCUCGGCAGCGGUGUGCGCGCCUCCUUCGCGCGCUCGCCGGUGGGGCGGCAGCUUCGGCUAGCGGCCAGGCCGUGGGGGCGCGGCAAAUCCGGCAGCAGGACGCGGCAAAUCCGGCUGCAGGGCGCGGCAAAUCCGGCGGCAGGGUGCAGAGCUGAGCAUUUUUCCGUUCCGGCCAGCGUACCUCGGCGAGCGGACGUAGCAGGCCAAGAAACGGAGCUCUCCAAUGCACAACGACGCCAGGUGAAUUUGUGGCCUCUUGAAGUUGAAGGAUUCAUGUGAUUUCACAGUCAGCAGCCAGGGUGUGGUGGCCUCUAAUAUGGAUGGGUUCUAUGUUAAUUUGUUGUCUAGUGACAACCAUUCACUAGAUUGGGAUGAAGACAAUGAAUUGGUUAGCCCCCCCGAGGAGCAGCUACCAGCAGUUGAAGAAUUGACUCCCACUGUGAGACCAAACCAGAAAAGGUCGAAGAAUUUUAGCGAAAAGGAAGAUGAAUUAUUGGUGUCGGCAUAGCUGAAUAUUAGUAUGGAUGCUGUUCAAGGCAACGACCAAUCACGGUCUACAUAUUGGAAGCGAAUUCAUGACUACUUCCACUCCAACAAAGACUUCAAUUCGGAUCGCACUCAAAGUUCCCUAAUGCAUCGUUGGUCUCAUAUUCAAGAAAAUGUAAACAAGUUUGUUGGCUGUCUUUCCCGGAUUGAGGGGCGAAGGCAAAGCGGGGUUACAAUUGAAGAUAAGAUUUUGCAAGCAUGUACUCUCUUCAAGUCCGAAGAUAAGAACAAUAAGUCAUUCAUGUACAUGCAUUGCUGGAACCUCCUAAGAACCCAACCAAAGUGGGUUGCUAGGUCGGCUCAAGUCUCAUCUCAGAAAUCUUCUCAAAAGAAACAGAAGACCACCCUCAAUUCAAGUCCGGGUACAUCUAGUCCAAGUACCCCAGAUGAUAGUGGAGCGACAACUCCAGAAUAUGAGGUGUCAACACGACCAUUGGGGAGGAAAAAAGAGAAAGAAAAAUUACGCCGAGGUGGAGAUGCUGUGUUCAUGGAUGCAAUGGAUAAUCUGUGGGCAAAGAAGAAAGAGAUGGAUGAGGAGAAAGAGCUUAAGAAAGAGGAGAGAUACAAACAAGCAUUUGCACUUGAACAAGAGAGAUUAGCACUAGAGCAAGUGAGGGUUGCAACCGAGAAAGAACAACUUGAGGUAAAGAAGCAAGAGGUAGAAUUGAAGAGGAUGGUAGAAGAAGAGAGAAUUAUGGCUAUUGACAUUACUGGUAUGUCCGAGACACAACAACGGUACUACAGGAGUUUGCAGAAUGAGAUCAUGACUCGCCGAUGCAGUGGCUCAGGUUGAUAUUGUAUGGACCCCUAUGUUGUGUUUUAUGUUCCUGUUGGUUCAACCAUUUCAUCGUGUGUAAUAUUUGGGAUGUUUGAACUACUAUGUUGUGUGUGAACCUAUGUUGGGAACUUUGAACCAAUGGGAAGUUUAGAAACAUUGUGAUGUUUGAAAUCAUAGUUGCACACCGAAUACAAGAUUACAUGCAUACCGAACACAAGACUACAUGCAUACCGAACACAAGACUACAUGCAAACCGAAUACAAGAGUACAUGUAUACAUAACGAAGACUAGGACUCAAACAUUAUUAGUACUGAU